AUGGAGAAAUCUAAAAACUUUCGUAUCGACGCGCUUCUGGCUAUUGACCCACCAAAAGUGCAGACCUCGCCGCUGGCGCUGGUCACCUCUUUCAUCUCAUCCCCUGAAAGUGUCCAGGCGUCGGAGUUCAACGCAAACUCCGAAUCACCACGGACAGAGACUCCUACGCCCCCAAGGAUGUCGUCUUGCGGCUUGAUUCCCAAACCGGGUUUCUUGAACUCUCCACAUUCAGGCAUGGUCGGACUACACCCUCAGAGCAGCACGGGGAUUCCUCCGCAAGCUCUCUAUGGUCAUCCAAUGUACACUUACUCGGCAGCAGCGCUGGGUCAGCAUCCGGCCCUGUCCUACUCAUAUCCCCACGGGUCGCACCACCAUCAUCCCACUGACCCCCUCAAACUGACCGCCAGCUCCUUUCAGCUCGAUCACUGGCUCAGGGUCUCAACUGCGGGAAUGAUGCUCCCCAAGAUUCCAGAUUUCAACAGUCAGGCGCAGUCAAAUUUACUCGGGAAGUGCAGAAGACCAAGAACCGCGUUCACAAGCCAACAGCUCCUUGAACUUGAGCAUCAAUUUAAGCUGAAUAAAUAUCUGUCGAGACCCAAACGCUUUGAAGUUGCAACAUCGUUAAUGUUAACAGAGACACAGGUGAAAAUUUGGUUUCAGAACAGGCGUAUGAAAUGGAAGCGCAGUAAAAAGGCUAAAGAACAAGCCGCUCAGGAGGCCGAGAAACAGAAAGGUAAAGGCAAUCAGGACAAACUGGACGGGCUGGAGCAGAAGGAUUAUCAGAAUGUAGACUCUGUGAAAAGUAACAGAAUACCGGACUUUAGGGACAGUGACGAUGAAGAAGGGGAUAAUUAUAUGUUGCAUUCAUCUGAUUGUUCCUCCGAGGAUGAACGAACCAACGGCAGUGACACAAGUCAACAACAAUGA